AUUUGCCAUAUAAAUUUGAGUGUUCUGCAACAUAAGUUUCUAGCUACGAGCAAAAUACUGGCAUACCAAAGGAGCCUGUUUAAUUUCAUUAGCUCGUGAAAUUUCAUUGGUAUGAGAUUUCUGCCAAAAGUUUUAUCUCCUUUUGAUGGUCGCUUAAAAAGUUUGUAAGCAAUUGAGUAUUCGAAGUAGUUUACCAGAAAUAUUGGACAUGGUUGAGGACAGCACGCUUUUGCAUUUCGUACCUCGAUCACUGCAACUCAAUAUGAGGAAAAACAACAUUAAUGAGAAGCCAAUCAAAGGGAGUUUGAAACUAAUUGCAAGUGAUUCAAAGAAGAAGAGGGGGAAGGAGGAGGAAGAUGCCCAUGCCAUUGAAGAGGAUUAUCCUUGCAAGAAUUCGAAGAAAAAAAAGAGUGAACUUAAUAUGCGUUCAGUAGGUUUUUACCAGUUGGAGGAUCUCAUAGCUGAAUUUCUGAGCAGCAGAGGACUUUCAAAUACAUUAUCAUCAUUUCUCUCAGAAACCCAACAUGAAUUCACAAGGAAGGAACAAAAAGUAAAGCUGGAAGAUAUGUACCAUUAUUACUGCAAUAAAAUAUAUGUAAGUUCAAGAAAAGAGAAUUCAGCGGAAGGAAAGGUUAACAGGGAGAUCACUUUUGGUAAAGCAAAUGUGGACGUACAUAUUGAUAUGAGUGAGGUAAACAGCAAGAAAAAGGAUAACAAGGUACAUCCAAAUGGCUUCAGCAAAGCAAAAGCACAUGCUUCAGAAAUAGAUUUUCAGAGAAGCAAGAAGAGCAAAAGUUCUUUCUCUGAAGUUGUCGAUAAUUUAAGUGGACUUGAAGAUGGGAAGAUUACAGAAAAAGUUAAUAAAAAAGUGGAGCCAGUGAUAAUAACUCAUAAAAGCAUUGUCAAACUUUCAAAUGCUUCAAAUAAAUUGGAACAGGUAAUUGACAUUGCUGAACCCUUUUACAAAUCAAAAAAAUCCAAGAGGGUGAAGAAUAAGGAGCCGGAAUCAGAUGAAAUGAUUGUGACCGAUAAUGACAAACAACAUGGUGGCAAGAAGAGUAAGAAAGUGACAACAAUUGAGGAUGAAGUACAACCAUUGAAAUGCCAUGCUUCACACACACAACCCAAAAAGGGAAAGACUGCACACUUGAGGCAAGAUUUAGAGAACCCAAUAAGUAUUGAAGUAUCCAAGAAGGAGAAGAAGAAAAAGAGAAAGACAAAAUCAGAUGCUACAAGUCCAGGAGAUGAUGGAGAACUUGGUGAUACAGUUGUGGUAAUAACAACAGAUCUCAGGAAAUCAGGUGUGACAGAUUCAAAUAAUGCAAAAAGAGAAUCAAAGGUGGAAAGUUUGCAGGAUUUCUCAGUAGAACCCAGCACAUCCCCAAACUUUAGAGUUUCAAAGGAGAAGAGGAUAAAAUCAUCUCAAAUGGCAGAGGCAGACAGUAAAAAGAAAAAUAAGAAAGUAAAGAAGGCACUGGAAGAUUUACAAAUUUACAAGUAACAUUCUCACAUACGGUAAAUGGUGGAACAAAAGGAGACAAGGAGAGCUUAUCUGAGGAUACUGGCAACACACAAAACAUUAGUAUAGCACACAAGACUCUUGAAAUGAAGAGACCUUCAAUAAGUGAAUCAUUAGCAUUGAAAAAAAACUCCACAGAUACCAUAUCUCAGAACAGAGGUAUGCCAGGAAAGGAGGAUUAUGCUGUAGAGACUAAAAAGCACAUCUCACCAAAAACAAAGGAGGAUAAACAGAAAAAGAUCGAAAUGGUAAGAUCAGAAAACAAUAAUUCUUGGGUUAGUUCAUCUAUUUAUAAAGUUCUCAAACAAAUGUUACGUGUUGAGAUGUGAAAAUUUGAUUGAUAAAAUUUACCAAAUCAUGUAUUCCGUUACAAAAAUGUUUUUGAAUUGUAUUUUACAGUACAAGAUUUUUUUAUAAUAAGUUAUAACCAAGAUAUUGAAA